GCUGUACAUCAUUCUUUCAAAGUGAAAGUAGAACUUGCUUGAUGUUGCCACAACACACACAAAUUGGAAUACAGUCCAUGUACAUACAGAAUACAUAUUGUCUAUUAUAAUAGAAGAUAAAACAAGAUUAUUUUUAUUCAAGACUUUACAGCAUCAAAGACAUUAACAUGAUUGUUUUAUUCCAUGAACUCUAUAUCAUAGUUCAGACAGUUAUACAAUGGUUAAGACCACCUAAACAUCAUUUAAAACAAAUAAAACACGGCAAACAUGUCAAGUUUGAUGAUGACUUGGAUGGAAGGAAAGAAGAAGUUGUUGAGGAAAUGGAGACAGCAGUAUUUGUGGAAAUGGAAGGAAGGCCACCAGAUUUUAGUGUGGAUAGAUAUGACAAAACUGUAAAUUUUCCAUUUCUUUGUGAUGAGCGAACUAUUUUACACAUAAAACACUCUAAAACUAUGUUUAUAAUGAGAGGAGUUUCUGGAUCAGGGAAAUCAACACUAGUUAGAUUGAUUGGUAAUAUAUAUAGGGAUAGUCGUAUUUGUUCAGCCGACCAGUAUUUUAUAAAAAACGGUGAAUAUCAAUUUGACAAAUCCAAUUUAUCAAUUGCACAUGAAAAAUGCGGUGAAAAAGCAAAGAAAGCAUGUUUAAAUGGGGUACCAGUUAUAGUCAUAGAUAAUACAAACGUUAAACGAUGGGAAAUGUCCAGUUACUUGGCGCUGGCUUUCACAAACAAUUAUCCGGUUGUCAUAGUACAACCAAGAACACCAUGGAGUAAGGAUGCUGAUAAGUUAGCUGAACUCAACAGCCAUGGGGUCACAGCAGAUAUUAUCAGACGAAAAUUAAGAAGUUUUGAAGACGUCACAGCAUUGUAUUAUGGAUGGUUUAUUGAUGAAAAGCAGUCUAAUAUGAUAUAUCAAUUAGGGAGAAAGAGUUUGGAAGAGUGCCUUAGAGUUUUUCCACAGUUUAAGGAUUUGUUACUUUUCCAGUCACCAGAUCUAUUAGAAGCAGUAGAGAAAGAAAUGGAUGACUGUAUACUGAAGUGCACAGAAUGGUAUGGUUGGCAUUUCCCAGAAUUGAAGAAGCUAGUCCCGAACAGUUUGAUUUAUGCAAGAGUUGUUAAACAGUUAGGACACAGGAAAAAUGCAAACACUAUAAAUUUUAGUAACAUUUUACCCAGGAAACAAGAGAAUGACCUGAAAUUUGCAGCUAAACACUCAAUGGGAAAAGACAUUUCUGAUGAAGAUUUAAUACUCAUAACUGACUUAUGUGUUCAGAUAAUAGAAUUAACAGAGUUCAAAGACAACUUAGAAGAAUUCAUUAGAAACCCAAUGACAGGAAACUCUCCAGCAGUAACAGAACAUGUUGGUCAGGUGAUAGGAUCACUUCUCAUUUCACAUGCAGAUACAGUAGAGCAGAAAAUGUAUGAAAAUUUCAAGUUAAAUUCACCAAAAAUUCUUCAUUGCACAGCAAUGUUCAUGGGAACUAGAAGAAACCCUGCUCCAAACAGUGAUACAUAUCCAAAACAGGACAUAGUUCAAAAGUCAUAUGGGUCAGUGUAUGACCUUAAAAUCACCAGAAUAACAGUCACCCCAAGAACAAUAGGGGCCAAAGUGCAGUUGUCGAAGCAAUGUUUAAAAUUAUAUGAAAAACCUCAGGAAAAGGAAAGGGAGAUAAAUCUGAGAACAAUUAUGAGCCAUAACUCUGUCUCUCUAGAAUUUGGUAGAGCUGCACAUGUUACCAUAGGAACAGUACCAGGGAUUUCUCCAGUCACAACAAAUGAGGAUCUGUUAGAUAUUUUAGAUGCUGAAAUGAAAAGUAAUAUAGAAAAUAUUCCUAUAACUGUACGCAAGUGUGCUUUAGGGACAAUACAGAAUGUAGGAAAAGACUUGUUUAUUGUUAAUCUUGAUAGUCCAAUUACUGUUCAGGGUUUAUAUACAGGGUUUUAUGGUGGCAGCUUCAACAAUUCUCCCAAAAAAUAAAUUUAUUAUACCUGGUGUUGUUCUAUGUGGAAUAAGAAGUGGAGAAAAAAGAAUGUUCCUCCUAAAAUUUGCAAAGCAGACAGGGGGAUUGGUGGGGUAUAGAGAGGGUGGUAGGCACUCAAAUUAAUUAAAUAUGGGAUUUUGUAAGAAUUCUCAGUAAAACGAAAAUUUUAAUUUAUGGGUAGUCAGAGUCUUAAAAAAGUUCCUCCCACUUUUCCCAUGCAUUUAAUUCUGGAACAGCCCUUAAAGAUAUCUUCAUAAAAUUUAAAUGUCUGUCUAUCUGUCUGUCCAUUUUUUCCGUCACUUUGUCUGUCCCAUUUUACAGAUAAAAGUUUUGGUUUAAGGUAGAUAUCGUGAAGUUGUGGUGAUAUCAACUUAAAACUUAGUACAGAUGUUACUUAUGAAGUGAACUUUUAAAAUAUAUAUAAAAAAGAAGAUGUGGUAUGAUUGCCAAUGAGACAACUCUCCACAAGAGACCAAAUGACACAGAACUUAACAACUAUAGGUCACCAUACGGCCUUCAACAAUGAGUAAAGCCCAUACCGCACAGUCAGCUAUAAUAGGCCCCGAAAUGACAAUGUAAAACAAUUCAAACGAGAAAACUAACGGCCUAAUUUAUGUACAAAAAAUGAACGAAAAACAAAUAGGUAACACAUAAACAAACGACAACCACUGAAUUACAGGCUCCUGACUUGGGACAGGCACAUACAUACAGAAUGUGGCGGGGUUAAACAUGUUAGCGGGGUCCCAACCCUCCCCAUAACCUGGGACAGUGGUGUAACAGUACAACAUAAGAACGAACUAUAAAAAUCAGUUGAAAGAGGCUUAACUCAUCAGAUUGAUAAAAAUACAAAUACUACAAAUACAAGUGGACGUGGCCGGGUACUUGUACAUCCAAAUAACAAAAAGACACUAAGUACAGAUCUGAGAGUACUCGCAGUUACUGACAGCCAUUUCAAAGCCACUAACAACUAAUAAAAAAAAUCAUGCAUCUAAGACUAAAUUAUCAAUCUGUAAUAUGCUAACUUAUGGUUUUGACCUAAAAAUUUCAGUUAACAGAACAUAGGAAUGUGAGAGUGAGUGAGACGUGGUGUCCAAUUGACACAUUUUCUUGUUAUCCUUUGUUUUAAAGCUUUUUUAAUGCUUAUGGGAUAAUGAAAGUUUUAGCAAUUAUUUUCUUCAUUGUUUUAUUACUGUAUUUUAUGUAAUCUAUACAUAUACUGUUUCAUUUCUCCUUAUUAUUUCUAUUAUUUAGCAAAAUUUUGCUAAGCAUUAACUUGCUUUUGUUUUUCUUUGUUAAAAUAAUUAUUUGUUUUUUUAGUGAUUAAGAUUAUAACACAAUGUUGACUGCUGUACCCUAAUUUUUUAUCUAUUAUCAUGAUUAUGUCUGUUUGUUUUGCUCACACAUUGAUGUCAAUAUAAUGGAAUUCUAUGCAACUGUCAUACAUUCUGGUUUAGCUAGCUAUAAAACCAGGUUUAAUCCACCAUUUUCUACAUAAGGAAAUGCCUGUACCAAAGUAAGGAAUAUGACAGUUGUUUUCCAUUCGUUUGAUGUGUUUGCACAGUUGAUUUUUCCAUUUGAUAAAGGACUUUCCAUUUUAAUUUUUUCGUUGGAGUUCGGUAUUUUUUUAUUUUUUACUUUUGCUUAUCUUUUAGCAUUAAUAUUAGUGAAUGUGCUUUUUGAAGAGAAAGGCAUUUCUUAAAGGAAUUCAGAUUAAUAUGAAUUAUAAUGAGAGAAUUAACAUAAAAGUGUAGGAAUGAAAAAAUGAUCAACAAACAGAAUAUGUCGAUUUUCUCCUUUAACCAUUGUGAUUUGUAAAAUUUGGCACAAUUUUUUCGGAAUUUUUCGUUUUUUAAUGCUCUUCAAUUUUGAUUUUUAUUUGAGUUGCCAUGUUUUUUAUUUAAUUGCCCUUAUCAGUCUUAUAUAAAUUUAAUGCCUGUCAGACGUACCAAAUUAUAAGUCUUGUAUGUUUGAUGAGUAUUUUAAACAUACAUAACUGUUAUAUAUUUUAGCAAUAUUACUAUUGUUUCUUAAAGAACUUUGUCUGCUGUGAUGCUUUUGAAUGUGUUCUUCUUUUAUUUGUUUGUUACAUACAUUAAUCAGCCAUUAAUUGUUUUUGAGUGAAUAUUGAUAAGCUUACUCUUUUCUUUGUCUUAAAUAUAAUUUUUUAUUUAAUUUAAUCUGGGUAUUCUUGAAAGCAAGAGAAAUGGUCCAUAUGUGUUCCUCCCUUUUCCCCAUUCAAUUUGUUUCCUUUUUUUUGGUUCUGCAUUUUAUUUUCAUUCAUAUAUUUUUAGGUGAUGUUUAUGGUAUUGGUGUGUCAUUGUCAUCUCUAUGGUAAUCUGUAUACACAAGUUUUUUAGCUAUCUGUUUUAAGAUUUUAUGAAAUAUUUUUUUUGUAAAUUUAAUGAAUGAUGUAUUGUUUGUUUCUCAAUGAAUCUAUGCAGAGAACUUAUACUAUUCAAUUAAAAGUAGAGUAACUCAGUUUAAAAUAAAAGUCAAUUUAAAUGUCCA